CCCUCCUGGGCAAACUUUCUGGGUGGCGGGGGGUCCGGGGGAAGAACUGCCCGGGUUUCGCCCCCCGGGGCAACUUGGAGGUUUCAAGGUGACGCGGGAGCGCCCGGGAUUGGCCGGGUCCCCGCGGGAGGGAGGAGGGCGGAGGGACCCGUCUCCCCCAAACGCACGCGCGCGCCAUCCCCUCCCCGCUUGGGUUCCCGCGGCUUCCCUGCGGGACACCGUCUCCGCUGCUGCGCGGGGAUCCGCCAGCCCCUGGAGCCCUCCUCCCCGCGGCUGGUGCAGUGCCCUGGACACGGCGUUUUCCCGCAGAGGCGACCGCGUCAUAGCAGUAACUCCCCCUCCCACCCCACUCGCGACCUACGGGCUCUCCGAGCCUGGGGAAGGAGUGGGCGCCGCAGAGUCCCCUGUGCCUGGCAGCGCAGACCCGGGUCUGGCGACCGCCUUCUCCGUUCCUGGAUUAGCUUUGGCCCGCACCUGCUCUGUUGCGACACUGAUUGAAAUUCAGUGCUCCCUACUCUGGCCGAUCCCUGAACCCGGCCGGCCAGAGCUGGGAGAUGAGUGCUGGAAGGGGGGUUGCUCCCAUAUGGGGUUUCAGGAGUCCAAGACCGCGUGGGAGCCAGGGACGGUCCCCUGGGUGAGGACGGGAUGGAGGGCUGCCCCAAAGCUUCCCCGCCGUCUGCUGCUCGGAUCUCCAUCCCUCUGGAGCCGGCACUGGGAAGUCCCGGGACCUGGAGUUUCUUAAGCUUCUCCCUCCGAGGGUUAAUCUACAAAUAGAGGCGAAAAACUGGCAGACACCCCGCCCUACCCCAUCCUUCCUCGGGGUGAACAGACAGACGUGAAACCAGGCCCCCCAGCCUACAAAACCAAAGCUGAAAAGUCUGAAUGGGGCUGGGGGAGUCUAAGAGCUUUCUUUGACUUCUAUGGUUAAACCCAUCACUUCCUUACUGCCCUCAACCAGUCGGACUCAGCCCUGGAAGAGAAUGGCACUGGAAAGUCCUGUUUGAUCAGGAGGAUAGUGAGUGCUGCAGUUCUGGAGUGAGAAUGCUUGUGCCAUGAAGUUUGUGCAACUUUAAGAGUUUGACCCUGGGAAUACAGGCUACAUCAGCACGGGCGAGUUCCGGAGCCUCCUGGAGAGCCACAGUUCCAAUCUGGACCCGCACAAAAAGGAGGUGCUCCUGGCUCUUGCUGACAGCCAUGCGGAUGGGCAGAUCUGCUACCAGGAUUUUGUCAACCUGAUGAGCAACAAGCGUUCCAACAGCUUCCGCCAGGCCAUCCUGCAGGGCAACCGCAGGCUGAGCAGCAAGGCCCUGCUGGAGGAGAAGGGACUGAGCCUCUCCCAGCGGCUGAUCCGCCACGUGGCCUAUGAGACGCUGCCCCGGGAGAUUGACCGCAAGUGGUACUACGACAGCUACACCUGCUGCCCUCCACCCUGGUUCAUGCUCACGAUCACACUGCUGGAGGUUGCCUUUUUCCUCUACAAUGGGGUGUCACUGGGUCAAUUUGUGCUGCAGGUAACUCAUCCACGUUACCUGAAGAACUCACUGGUUUACCACCCACAGCUCCGAGCACAGGCGUGGCGCUACCUAACAUACAUCUUCAUGCAUGCGGGGAUAGAACACCUGGGACUCAACGUGGUGUUGCAGCUGCUGGUGGGGGUGCCUCUGGAAAUGGUGCACGGAGCCACCCGAAUCGGGCUUGUCUAUGUGGCUGGCGUUGUGGCAGGGUCCUUGGCAGUGUCUGUGGCUGACAUGACCGCCCCAGUCGUGGGCUCUUCUGGAGGGGUGUAUGCGCUCGUCUCUGCCCAUCUGGCCAACAUCGUCAUGAAUUGGUCGGGCAUGAAGUGUCAGUUCAAACUGCUGCGGAUGGGUGUGGCCUUGAUCUGCAUGAGCAUGGAGUUCGGGCGGGCCGUGUGGCUCCGCUUCCACCCCUCGGCGUAUCCCCCGUGCCCUCACCCAAGCUUCGUGGCGCAUCUGGGUGGUGUAGCAGUGGGCAUCACCCUGGGCGUGGUGGUCCUGAGGAACUACGAGCAGAGGCUGCAGGACCAGUCGCUGUGGUGGAUUUUUGUGGCCAUGUACACCGUCUUCGUGCUGUUUGCCAUCUUCUGGAACAUUUUUGCCUACACCCUGCUGGACUUGAAGCUUCCACCGCCCCCUUGAGGGCUGGCAGAGGAGGGGAGGGAGCAGCUUCUACAGGGAGUACCUGUGUGCUUUUACUCAUCACCAGCUCAGUGAGGACAAGCAGGUGAGGGUGGGACCCUCUGGGCUGCUGUAAUAUUUGUGCUUUUGGACAGUGAACUCUUUCCUGAAAGGCAUCUGGUGGAGGAGUUGAAUGUCACGGCCAUAAUUUUUCUAGGCUGCUCUGACGACACUGGGCCAGGGUGAAGGCUUAGGGUGGGCUGAGAGUGGCUCCCCUCCUAGGCUGGGCUCAACCCCUCUUGCAGACAGAGAUCGAGCAGCAGCCUUCUCCCCCCUCACCCUCGACCCUGAGAGACUCCACGCAAUGGAGGAAGGCUGGAGAGUUGUCAUAGGCAGGCAGAGAUAACUGCAGGCCAGGCAGGGUCCCCUCUAUAGCUGCUGGGCCUGGAACACGGGUGAGAAGAGGGCCUGUGGUAGGCCUGCUGGCUUUGACCUGGCUUAGACCUGAGUGUUCUCCCCUGGGGCGUGUCACUGAUCACUGGGGCACGACCUUGACUGCCUGAUCUGGGCAGAGCAGGAAGAUGCUGUAGCACUGUGCCCCACUCCUGCCCUGGGGGUACCCCGUGAAAGAGACCCAACAGUGAGGAACAAACUUCACCCCAAGUCUCAACCUGAGGAAGAUGCAGGACCCAUCUUAGACUCCUCCCUCCCUCCCUUCCAGGAUGUUGACGUCUCAUACCAGUGCCCAGCCUGUGUGCCCUGCUUUGCUUUUAGGGUCUUUCUUUCGUUCCACUGCCCUGGCUCUACUUUGGGCCUCUCCCUUGGAGACAGUGUUUUGAUCAUGCAUGUGUGCACACGCGCCUGUGUGAUGGGAGAGACAACGUGAGGCCAAGUGGAGCAUGCAGAGGGGCACAGAUGGGGAGGUGUCUGUGAGAGGAGAAAGGUGCCGAGACGUGGCAGAGUGUGGAGUGGGUCGUGGUUGCUGAAUGUCCUUGCUUUUUGCAAAGCUCGCCCCCUUCUUUCCCAUCUCCUGUCCUCUCCAGGCCCCUCCCUGAGCAUCACUGAUUAGCAGGAGAAUCGUCCAUGCUGGAGGGACAUCUUGAGCCCUUCUAGGGCCCCUUGGGAUGCUGAAGUUCCCUCACCUUUGCCGGGUUCUGCUCUUGCCUUCCUCUGGGAUGGCCUUCAUAUCUGAACAGGUUCUGUUCUGUCUCUCUAAGGAGAGAGGAGCUUUGGGGAGGCAAGAGAUGCCCAGGCAGGAAUAUUGAGUCCGUAUGUCCAUUUGAGUUGGGGGGGACAAGAGGCUGCAGUAAGAGGACUUACAAGUUAGGUAGAAAACUGCUUCUGAAGAAAAAUUACUAGGUGCCUGGAUGAUUGUCAGAGGUAAAAGAUGCCAGUAGAUGUGAGAGAGAACAUGGAGAUUAUCCAUCCGCUCCCCCCCACCCCCGACCCCCAAUCUCACAGUUGGGAAAAUGAGGUCUCAAGAACGAUCUGGAUGGCGCCUGUGGCUCAGUCGGUAGGGCGCCGGCCCCAUAUACUGAGGGUGGCGGGUUGAAACCCAGCCCCGGCCAAAAUGCAACCAAAAAAUAGCCGGGCGUUGUGGCGGGCGCCUGUAGUCCCAGCUACUCGGGAGGCUGAGCCAAGAAAAUCGCUUAAGCCCAUGAGUUGGAGGUUGCUGUGAGCUGUGUGAGGCCACGGCACUCUACUGAGGGCCAUAAAGUGAGACUCUGUCUCUACAAAAAAAAAAAAAAGAAAAGAAAAGAAUGAUCUCCUAGCAGAGGGCAGUGCAGGCUUUGAGUGGAGGGUGUGAGGAGGAUGA